CUUGACGAAUUUGACGAGAAAAUAUCGGCGACGCGCCAGUUGUUGGAUUUUUUGGUGUCUGAAAGGAAUCAGGCUGCGUCCAACAUCUCGGAUGCCAAGUCUGUUUUAUAUCCUGUGCGUAGGGUGCCGUAUGAUGUGCUGUGUGCUAUCUUUCGGGCUUGUACCAAGUCCGCAGACCAGGCGUUCGAUGGGGAAGCUCCCAUUCUAAAACAUACCGUAGAUGUUGAAUCGAUUCAACCAAAUCAGUCGCCAUGGACCCUUUCCUUUGUCUGUCAACAAUGGAGAGCCGUUGCCAUUCACGAUGCAGAACUGUGGUCUCUCAUUGAGCUCGAUCUA